AUGCCUUCAAAAGAUCGUCAAAAGCGCAAAAAUCGUCGGCUAAGACAUUUAGCUGACCCUAACCCAAACUGCUCUCUUCAGAGCACUGAUCAGGAUGUCCAACCAGAGCAUUCUGAUCAGAAUCUUGAUCUGGGAAACCAAAACUGCUCUCUUCAGAGCAAUAUAUCUCUCAACCCGCUUCAGGGUGGUGAAUCAUCUUCUAUUUCUUCUCUUCCUUCUUCUCUUCAUGAUCAUUCUUUUCAUUUUAACUUUGAUAAUGUAAAUAUUUUUGAUGCAACUGUUGACCCGGGUCCUCCUCAUACUCCAACAACCCCACUCACCCCUUUUUCCCUUACUUCCGAGGCCGUUGCGCCAAGGAAACAGAGGAAGACUAGAGAGUCCUCUGUUGACACUGAAAGUUUAUUGUCCUCAAUUGAUUCUUCGUCUGUUUUUUCUUCCCGUGCAUCCUCUCCAAAUAAUUCUAUUGCCACUAAACGUGGUCGCCCUAAAAAGAAAACGAGAGGAACCACGGGAAGACCCAAGAAACAACCUCAACCUCCUCAACCACCUCAACCACCCCAGGUUCCCAUGGGCUUUCAUGGAACUUCGUGA